AGAAUCAACUAGUCACUCGGCCGAGAGGAUCCCCCCAAUGUACUGACCCCAGCAGCCAUGUACCACUCUGAGCUCUUCCAGCAGUAUGGCACCUCCUACACGAUGAGACCACCUCAUGCCCUGGCACCCACCUACCCCAGCGCUGGGGGGCACCACGACUCUUACAGAUACUCAGAGUUGGAUGUUCCCAGCCAGAGGUUUGAUGGUCUGUUCCCGGCCCUGGAGCCUUCACAGAGGAUUCUGGGAGCCCCUCUCACACCCCUCUCACUGCCCCCGGGUCCUGCCCUGGGAUUUGGGCAAGUGCAGCCCCCCUGCGAGACCCCCCAGCUGCCCGGAAAUGUCAAGAUGAAGCUGGAGAACAAGGAGCUUUGGAAACAGUUCCACUCCAUCGGCACCGAGAUGAUCAUCACUAAGUCUGGCAGGCGCAUGUUCCCCCAGUGUAAGGUGAGUGUGUCGGGGUUGGAAGCGGAUGGGAAGUACCUGCUCCUGGCGGAUCUUCUGCCCGUGGACAACUCUCGCUACAAGUGGCAGGAAGAUCACUGGGAGGCAAGUGGGAGGGCGGAGCCAAGACUCCCCGAGAGGGUCUAUAUCCACCCCGAUUCCCCCGCCCCCGGAUCCCACUGGAUGAAACAACCCAUUUCCUUCCACAAGAUCAAACUGACCAACAACACUCUGGACCAGAUGGGCCACAUCAUCCUGCACUCCAUGCACAAGUACCAGCCCCGCUUCCAUAUUGUCCGUGCCCAGGACGUGUUCAGCCGACGCUGGGGGGGCUGCUCCUCCUUCACCUUCCCAGAGACCCUCUUCCUCACUGUCACAGCCUAUCAGAAUGAGAAGAUAACACAACUGAAGAUCCAAACAAACCCAUUUGCAAAAGGAUUUCGGGAGGACGGGAUGAAGAGCAAGAGGGAUCGCAGUAUCCGGGGGAAGAGGAAGGUGAUCAGUGUGGAACAGGAACAGGAAGAGGAGGAGCAAUUCCAGCCUGAGGGUGAGUGUAAGAGACCCCCCCUGUACAGUGGCCCCUGUGACUCGACUCUGAGUGAGGAGCUGGAUAUAGGGAGGAGCCUGGGGAUCCCCAGUCCCAACUGCUCUUUCCACCCAAUCACGCCGCCUACACAGACUCCGCCUUCCACUGAAACCCCUAACCCUUCUCUGCCAGCCAAUCAGGAACAAGGAGCCCCCCUGCAGAUGUCCUCCCAGACCCCGGGGACCUUCCUACAGACGUAUCCAGAGCCCCCCCGAGGUGCCAGCAGCCUGUACUCCUGCAGCCCCACAGAUGCAGCACAGAACCAGACCCUGCGGCCGUCAGCCCAACGAUUACCUCCCGGCUACCAGGAGUCGCCUCACAUCAGCCACAGUCAAGGGGAACUCAAGAUCUAUGGGACGGAGAUGGGACCCCCAGGAAACUUUAACCCCCCAUCCUGUGCAGUGACCCCCAGUGUCCGACUCAGCGACGAGCCAAUGGGCAGAGGUUUCUCCAUGAACUUCCCGCACUUCCUGCCCAACAACAAGAUUGGACUGCAGAUUUCUGGGGCGCAGCUGCAGCGCAUGUACAAUGGGGGGGGCUGGAUGUGAGACUAUUGAUUGGCAGGUACAGCACGAACGUGGUUACCCCCAAAAAGGGACAAGGGGAGGGGCCUGGAGCCUCUAAUGACUGAUCCCUGUAGAGGAGGAAGCACCAGGGGAAAUACCCCACCCAGAAGCAAAAGUCACAGCGCCCCAUCCUGGCUGCAUAACAUGUGGGACCCAGAGCAAAUAUUAUGUACAUACCCCACUUUGUACAUAGACUGAUCCCACUGAUCCUGGUCACUAGUGGGAAUUCAGCCUCACUCUCCCUCCCAGUUCAGCCCCUGAUUAAUAAUGAGCUGCUCCCCCUCUGAUCUAUUCUGUAUCCAGCUGACAGGGGGCGCUCAAACAACUGCUGGGUCUUUCUCAUUGCCCCCGAAUUUGUAAUUAUUUAUCAAAACUUGUCUUCUUUAAUUUUUCUAUUUUUGCUUUUUUUUCUGAUGGACAAAGAAUUUAUCUUUUUCAUUAAAAGACUUUUCUUG